AUGCCCCCUUGGGGAAGACCACCAGGGGGACGACCGGGGAGGAGGAACGACAGACAACGCGAUCUCCGCCGGUCAUGGGCGUAUGAUGAUCGUGUCGAAGAGCUUGAUACCGAUGAUGAUUUUUCACAAGGUGUCGAGCUUGAACAAGAUUAUGGCAACAAAAGAUUUGUUUCAGAUGAGCUUCGAUUUACUGGUAUAGACUUGGGUGGCGUUCGAAGCCACCGCGGGCGUUCAGGUGACAAUUACGAUGAUUUUACUCCCUCCGAUGAUGAAGAUGACUACGACCUGGACCCAAACUCAUCUCUUAUCCCUCGACAGGAAUUGCAAUUGAUGUACAAGGAAAAGGAAGACAUGCUUUUGGAGAGAGCUCGGGAGAGAAUUGAUCGUGCCAGGGCUCUGGGUAAGGCCAACGUCAAGUUGAGUCGCGCUGAAAUUGAUGCUUUGCAACGCGCAGCGCGAAAUGAGGACUCUCGACGUCCCGUGGCACCCCCUUUGAUGGCCGCUCCCAAGAGCAAAAAAGAAGGCCCCGUGAAGCGUAAGCCGGUUGAAGUCCGUAAAAAGGCAAGCAGGACCGACAACAAAUCGGCCGGCAACUCUCCAAGACGGAAGCCUGUGGAUAGUCGAGAUCGUGGGCAAAGCAUUGCCUCGAACGCCUCCAGUCGAGGAGCACGAGAUGAUGCAUUGGCAGCAUAUCAGUCUUAUCCUAUCGAUCAGGACUCUGGUCAUGUUGGUCGCCGCAUCCCUUACCCUCAAGACAAUUAUAUUACUGGGUUACGCCAGGCAGUGUCCUCACGUCCAGGAUCGCGAACCAAUUCAACACAUUCCCUUCGUCAACAGCAACAGGCACAGCAACUCCAGCAAGUCCCACAGUAUCAAAACCCUUACCACGCGCCCCGUUAUGCUUCAAACCCUGAUCCUGGUUAUUCUCAAAGACCUGGGUCCAAUUCUUCACGAGCUUCACGACCUGAUCCUUCGGAACCAGACUGGGAACCUCGUGCUCGGUCCACUUCCAGUCUGGUCAAUAUGCCUCUAGACCAAUUACCUUACCAGACAAGCACGGGUAGAGCUCCUCGGUUUGAUCCUGCGGACCCUCGUUAUGCGUCUCCACAGCGACGUGUUGCCUCUGGACCUCACUUGGGCAAUCAAUACUCACCGACUGCCUAUCGUCGCCCUCAAGAUGAACUCUUCUUACCCAACGAUCCCUCCACCAUUUCGCGAUAUCGUGCUCCCAGUGACUCGGAGGAGGAAGAUGACGACGACAGUGACUAUGACGAAGGUGUUCAAGUUGAUGUUUCUGAACGACCAGGCGGAGACUACGCCAUACAAACUCGAAGUGCCACUGCGACAACACAGGGCAAUCGAGGGAAGGCUGUGACAAGUAGAAACGUACCCGGCAAAGCCCGAAAGCGAUGA